AUGGACUACUCCUACCUCAAUUCGUACGACUCGUGCGUGGCGGCCAUGGAGGCGUCCGCCUACGGCGAUUUCGGCGCCUGCAGCCAGCCCGGCGGCUUCCAGUACAGCCCCCUGCGACCCGCCUUCCCUGCGGCUGGUCCGCCCUGCCCCGCGCUCGGCUCUUCCAACUGCGCGCUUGGCGCUCUACGCGACCACCAGCCCGCGCCCUACUCGGCAGUGCCCUACAAGUUCUUCCCGGAGCCGUCGGGCCUGCAUGAGAAGCGCAAGCAGCGGCGCAUCCGCACCACGUUCACGAGCGCGCAGCUCAAAGAGCUGGAGCGCGUCUUCGCAGAAACUCACUACCCCGACAUUUACACGCGCGAGGAGCUGGCGCUCAAGAUCGACCUCACGGAGGCUCGCGUGCAGGUCUGGUUCCAGAACCGCCGGGCCAAGUUCCGCAAACAGGAGCGUGCCGCCAGCGCCAAGGGUGCGGCGGGCGCGGGGGGCGCCAAAAAGGGCGAGGCGCGCUGCUCGUCCGAGGACGACGACUCCAAGGAGUCCACGUGCAGCCCUACGCCCGACAGCACCGCGUCGCUGCCGCCGCCGCCCGCCCCCGGCCUGGCCAGCCCGCGUCUGAGCCCCAGCCCGCUGCCUGCCGCCCUGGGCUCCGGGCCCGGCCCUGGCCCCGGGCCACAGCCGCUCAAGGGCCCCUUGUGGGCCGGCGUGGCGGGCGGCGGGGGCGGCGGGCCGGGCGCGGGCGCGGCGGAGCUGCUUAAGGCCUGGCAGCCGGCGGAACCCGGGCCGGGGCCCUUCUCGGGGGUUCUGUCCUCCUUCCACCGGAAGCCUGGGCCGGCCCUGAAGACCAAUCUCUUCUAG